ACCAGAGCAAACCUGCCUUUGACUUCCUCUUGACUGCGGUUAGAUCAGAAUAUAGGUAACGGUACAUCUCUACAGUCGUGUGAAAGAAACAAGACUCACGCUGAAGUGUGUUAACAUCAUGAAGAUUGUGCAGCUUCAUCUCUAUCUGCUCAUAUGGUGUGAAGCUGCGGAGACUUUAACUGAUCAACUAACAGAUUUGGGUCUAAAUGUGUCUAUAAACUGUGAUUUUGAUGUGAAGGAGGUUUAUUGGCUUUUACAGAAACUUCCAGAUUCUCCGGUUGUCAUAUUACUCUCUUCCACAACGUCAUCUACUCAUCACUACAGUAAAGCUUUUAGGCAGAAAUAUUCAGUGCAGAGUAAUCAUCGCCUGUUCAUAAAUAAUGUCACUAUUGAUGAUUUAGGACUUUAUUACUGUGUGACCAAAGACGUUCCUCCAAAAUACAGCGACGGCACCAGAAUACACAUCAGCGAACCAACUCCGACUGCAGAGAUCCAGAAUCAGACAGCGGUGAAGAUCAUUGAGAGGAAUCAGACACAUUGGCAGAUUAUUAUCCUCAUAUCUGCUCUGUUGAACGCUGUUCUGAUCAUUGUGAUCAUAGAGCACUCAGCGAUGCCUCCUCCUGGUUGCAUCAAAUCCCUCUCUCAUGUGUACUAGGACUACAUUUCCCAUGAUCCUUCCCUGCUCAUCAUCUCUUGAUUAUCCCCGGGCCGAUUAUCCCCAUCAGCUCCCCUUUAUCUGGACUGUUCUGUUCAUUGUAAUUUUUUGAAGUCUUGAUUGACCGACUCUAUCUCUGACCUGUUUUCUCAUGCUUGCUUGUGUAUUUUGACUUGGACUCUAAACUAGUUUCUGAACUUCAGCCACGACCCCUGACCUCUUCCUGUUUAAACUACUAUUCUUGGAUUGCCCUUGUCUGUGAGCUGUUUUUGAGUUUUAUGUCUGCUGUUUUAUGCUGGCUCACCUGUAUUAAUAAAUUACUGCAGAUGGA